AGCCCACUUGGAGUUGACACUGUUUAUUAUUUAUUGCCAAAGCCAACCUUGUAAAGACGACUUAAAAGAUAGAGACGACCGCGAGCUUAUCCAUAUAUGUGUCCUCACUCCUCCGCCAAUUCCCAUCCCUUAUACUUCUAAAGAGAGAAGAUAGAGAGAGGGAUGGAUGCAGCAGGUGAACAGAAUGAGAUUGUCAUAGCUGGCGGUGGGAUUUGUGGCCUUGCCACCGCACUUGCCCUUCACAGGAAGGGCAUUAGUAGCGUGGUUUUGGAGAGAUCAGAGACCUUGCGUACAACAGGGGCAGCCAUUGGCAUUUUGCCUAAUGGAUGGCUUGCUCUCGAUCAGCUGGGUGUGGGCUCUAAGCUCAGAGAAACAGCUCUUCUUUUGCAUGGGAUACAAGAUAUAUGGCAAGACAAGGGUAAGCAACGCGAAACAUUAUUUGGGAGUGGCGAAGCUCGUUGCUUGAAACGGAGUGACCUAAUCAAGACCUUAGCAGAUGCAUUGCCAGUUGGUACAAUACGCUUUGGAUGCCAAGUAGUCUCUGUAAAAUUGGACCCUCUAACUUCUUAUCCAAUUCUUCAACUUCAUGAUGGGAGUUCUGUUACGGCCAAGGUUUUGAUUGGAUGUGAUGGAGCUAGGUCAGUCGUUGCGGAUUUCCUUGAGCUAAAGCCUGCAAAUUUUUUCACUAUAUGUGCGGUGAGAGGUUUCACACAUUUUCAAAAUGGUCACUCAUUUACCCAUGAGUUAGUCCGAAUGAGGAGAGGGAACAUUUUAGUGGGGAGAGUCCCAAUUAAUGAUGAGACAGUCUUCUGGUUCGUAGCUCUGCAAUUGAAUUUUAUGGAUGCAAAAGUUUGGGGGGAUGCAGAGCUCAUGAGACAAACAGCUUUGGAAUCAAUAAGUGGUUUCCCAGCAGAAUUAAGAGAAUUGGUAAAAAACAGUGACCUGAAAACACUGUCUCUCACACACUUAUGGUAUCGUGCACCAUGGGACGUACUACUUGCAAGGUUUCGUAAAGGAACAGUGACAGUAGCCGGUGAUGCCAUGCAUGUAAUGGGCCCAUUCCUGGGACAGGGUGGCUCAGCAGCUUUAGAAGAUGCAGUUGUGCUUGCUAGAUGCCUGGCAGAGAAGAUGAGUGUGGUUUAUCCGAUCAAAAGUGGGAGGAGGCAGAUGAUGGUGCACCAAGUUGGAGAAGCAAUGGAUAAAUAUCUGAAAGAAAGAAGAAAGAGAGUGGUGCAAUUGUCAACACAGAGUUACCUUACUGGUACGCUAUUGGAAACCUCAUCACUGCUGAUAAAAUUUGCUUGUCUUGUCUUCAUGGCCAUUUUCUUUAGUAACACAAGUUACCAUACCAGAUAUGACUGUGGACGCCUUUGAUUUUUAUUUUUAUUUUUGUUGUAGUAGCUGCUGCUAUGAUUGUACCAAUGUAUUUGAUGUAACAUUUUUUGCUUGGAGCUAAAUUGAACCUUAAAACACAAGUAGUUACCUCUGUUUCUUUUAAA